ACCCGGGAGGAGGUGGUGGUGGGAGGUCUCUGGCAGCGUUGGCAAUGGCGCCCCCUCCUCCUCCCCACUACUGCUGCUGCUGCUGCUGCUGUUGGCUGGUGUUGCUGCUGCAGCAGACGACGCGGCAGUGUCAGUGGCAACGUACGGUGGCAGGUGACACAGUGGCAUGGUGCAUCAAGUGAUCUAUGCGCUGCGUGGGUGGAUCGCGUUCGUGGCCUUCAUAGACCUCGGGAUGGCUGUGCAGUGCUUCCUUGAUGCUGACUCCUUCCUUGGAUCUCAACUCUACACAGCAGGAGACAUCGCUGAGCAUGUGAACCCGGCUAUUCUCCCCUCCGGGGGAUCACAGGAUAUGAUGCACUCAUCUGCUCACUGUGCACUCUGCAUACACCAUAAGCCGAUCCUAAGCAUGGCGGUGUGUAGCUGUGUUCUGACCAUCGCAGCCAACGGUACAGAGACCCUGUGGUACCGCACUGCGCCUAUCAACUUCUACACGCUGUUCCCCGUUGCUAUAGCAGCGGUGACCAUCGUGGGACUGUGCAUAGCGCCAACCUUCCUGAAGAGCCCGGAGGUGGAGGCUGAGGAGGAGACACACCUGCUGAAGUUGGGCCUCCCGCGCAGAAAGUGUUGGAACAAGAAACGUACUUGAUGUUCUCGACUCGCCAAGUUAGGAGGCUUGGUCAGAUAGCACUGCUCCAUCAUCCAGCUGCACCCUCACCCCUUCUUCUACCACCAGUUUUGGUUACACAUUUUCCUGAUCCGUUCGUGUGUUCAACAUUUUUUUGUGACAAACGGGAAUUAUUCUGUUAUUUGCAUUCGUCAACGCUGUUAACAUAUUACUUCCUCAGAUUAAACCUUUAAACGAGUCUAACCUAAUUUAACAAUUAGCAAUUUAACUGUUUUUAAAUGUUUAAAAAUAAAACACAAAGGAACUAACAUGUUAUUAACCUAGACUGAAUAAAAACUAGGUUAGCACAGCAGUUCUUAUGAGUGCUAGACUGAGACGAACCUAGUUAGCACAGCAGUUAUUGAGGGUUAGUCUAAGAUCAAGCUAGGUUAGAAUAGCAGUGAUUGUACCGAGCUAGAUUUUGUAUUGUUAAAAAAAUGGAGUUUGCAUAGCUUUGUUGAGAGAUUUACAGAGUCAAAAUGAGUAGUGACUAUUUUGAUAUAUGCUGGUGAGGAGCGACAUGAACGUGUGUGAGCUACGAGAAGUGUCAACAUGUGAUGGUUCCGCUGUGAUGCUGUAUCAUGCUGUAUCAUGCUGUAUUGUCUUUAUUAACAUGUUUGUACUGCAUUAACAGCAAGUUCAACUUUUACACGUUGUUAACAAUAUAACCAUGCCACAUUAUAUAAUAUAACCAUGCUAUAUUACAUAAUACACCAAGGCCACCUCCACUAGCCUCCUACAUUAUAAACUAGCAAAAACAAUAUAUGUGACGGCUCCAUGUUCAAGCACUUACUGAAUAUUUGUUGGUUUAGUACGGGUUUAGCAGUUUUAUGUGCAUUCUGCAGGAUGCUGCUAAUAGCAGUGCACUAAAAUAUAUCUAGCAUAAUGGGCAUCACCAGUGUAUGCUAAUGGUAUACGCACAAUUGACCUCUCAUAUUCAGUAUACAUAUGUGGUGUGUUUACCUCAACCAACACACGGAAUUAUAUUUAGUUUAGAAUUUUUAAGUAAUUAGAAACGGCAGAAAAUAUUUGUAAUUGUAAAUAAGGAGUUGAAAUGUAAGUGUAAACAGUUGUGAGUUGUUUAUAAAUAUUUAAGCACAUUUUGUAAAUAUAAAGUUUUAAAAUUUGUUUAUAGUUACAACAAAGUUAUACUGUAAACCGGGGGUACGAGUGGGGUUAGAACCCAUGGCAAGUGAGACGUAAAACUCCAGGCCAGUGCGUGAACCACUGGGCCAGGUGACUACAAUAAGAUUCAUUGAGGUAAGAUAUAUUUAUACACCAUAAGGAGGUUAGCACUGGUCUGGGGUUCUAACCCCACCUGUGCCGUGGUUUACAAUCAUGUUACUACGAUUACGUGAGUUACACUGUAUAUCACUUGUUAUAGGAAAUAUAUAUGCAACUUUGUGAGAUUUUGACUGAUCAAGGAAAAUGAUUGAGUUGAGAAAUUCGACUUACAAUGUGUGUGAGAUAUCUGGUGGAAACUGUACAGUAGCAGUAU